UCAAGCUGCCAGUGUAGCUGCAGUCUUUUUAGUUGCGAAUUACGAGUAUUUCCUCGUGUUAAUAAUUCGCCGUGUCAAAACAAGCAAAACUUUCCUCCUUCUUUCGACGUGGAGAGUUCAGCAUCAUGACCAGCGAAAGGCCAAAAGUGAAGUUCAACUGGUUACACACAGCAUUCGUCUCCCCGACAAAGUUCCAGAAGAACGCCGCCGGUUUGGCUCGGCCCACUCGCUGGGGUGGCGACGAGUCCGAUGAUUCGAGUAAAGACUCCUCUCCCAGCCUGAACGUGUCCACCAGCUCAGUGGGAGAACUGGAGAACGUUAAUCUCAGCACACCUCAGGGGAGACGUGUCACACCAUCACAGACACGGAGCGCUCAGAAAACACACCGUCUGUCCAGCAGACCCUGCAGACUGUUCGAGAACUCGAAGGGCCCUCAGUCAGAACAUCCAUCACCUUUGCAGUCGCCAUCGUCCACUGCUGGUGAGAAGUGUAAAGACAGGACUCCAGAGGAGGGUUCAAAGGCCAUCUAUCUCAGAGCCCUGAGUGCUGCUCUCGGGAACAGACUGAGGAGGUCAUCCCACGAGAAGCCACACUCCCAAACAGCUCCUAUAGAAACCCUCGCGGUUAGACCUGAGCCGGAGAUAAAAACGGAACACGGUGAGGAUACGGCACCUGUUCGUGUCCAGUCAGACGAGCGCGCACACACCCAUCUCAACUUUCCAGAUGAUGAGGAAGAGGACAACGUGUUGGUAACUCACACCAAGAACGUGGUCUUGAAAGGUCGCGACUCUGCUGAUCGGCUAAACGUUGAGGAUCCCAUGAAGCUGAAGAAGUUCUCACAGCAGGACGAAUUUGUGGAGUGCAAGCAGGAUGGAGAAGCUGACGAUGCUGAAGCCCCACCUCCAGCAGUCACGCUCAUCCGACAAACUUCAUUCGGUAAACCAUGGAUUGAUGCAUCCUACCAGCCCUCCUCCUCCUCUUGGAGCACAUGGAGGGAGGGUGGCAGCGGCGACUCUUCCAGAAGAAGCAGCAUGCAUCUACCCAGGAAUCCGGUCGCAGUAUUGGGGUGGGACCUCAGUCCUAAGCAGCCAAUCAGACGGAGUCCUUCAUCUUCAAACUCUCCAAACAACCUGUGCGAGUACUCCCCACUGUUUAGACACCGGUCCUCAUACGCACACUUGCGCUACGGAUUAACAACGUCCCUUACUGAUGACUCCACCCGCAGGAGGUCAGUGGGCUCAGAGCCUCUCUGGCUGUCCGGCUCCAACUCGUUGGGCUUCAUCGACACCCAUUGUCACCUGGAUAUGCUCUAUGGGAAGUUGGGCUUCCACGGAAGCUUCCAGAGCUUCCGAGAGAAAUAUAACAGCAGUUUCCCAGCGGAAUUUCACGGCUGCAUAACGGACUUCUGCAAUCCAAGGAUCACGCAGAAGGAAGCCAUCUGGGAACGGCUUCUCGAAGAGGAGUUCGUAUGGGGUGCUUUCGGGUGCCACCCUCACUUCGCCAAGGAGUACAACUCCACUCACGAGCAAAGCAUCAUGGGAGCCAUGCGUCACCCCAAGACCGUCGCGUUUGGAGAAAUCGGUCUGGAUUACUCACAUAAGAAUUCAACCGGCCACAGCACACAGAAGGAGGUGUUCGAGCGGCAGCUGCGAUUGGCCGUGUCUUUGGGAAAGCCUGUGGUUAUACACUGCCGAGAUGCCGAUGAUGAUUUGUUGGACAUUAUGAAGAAGUGUGUUCCCCGAGACUACAAGAUACACAGACACUGUUUCACCAACAGUUACUCCGUAAUCGAGCCGUUCCUGAGCGAGUUCUCAAACCUCUGUGUGGGUUUCACGGCGUUGGUGACGAACCCUAACGCCGCGGACGUCAGAGACGCUGUUAGGAAAAUUCCACUGGACCGAAUCCUGCUGGAAACGGACGCACCUUACUUCAGACCCAGACAGGUGUCUCCGUAUGUGUGUAGGUUUUCUCACCCUGGGAUGGGAAUACACACCUUACAGGAGAUCAGCAUGCUGAAGGGAGAGCUCGUCUCCACUGUGCUCCAGACGCUCCGCAAGAACACCACACACGUCUACGGGCUGUAAACCUGCCACCUCCUCCUUUAAACUAAAUAACCUGCGUACAGGAAUAUUUUGGCUGCGUGUUGAAGCCGGGAGAGCCCUGGGGAUUGGCUCCAGCUUCCACCGUGAGCCUGAUGGGUAAAGGGGUAUAGAUAAUGGAGAGGUGGAUGAUAAAAUUGGAGUCUGUUCCCCUAAUUAUAGGUGACUCUUUUUUUUUGACUUGCGCAGAUGUGGAUGUGCUCGCAUUCCCUACAUUCACAUGGAUUUAAAGAACUGAUUAGGAAUUAAUCUCGCUAGUUUCUUCAUUUUAAGGUUUUAAGUUUUCUUGUUCUGAAAUUACAUGCUGUAUUAUUUGUUUUUAUUGGCAUUCUCAGGGAAAAGGUUCGCAUGAGUGCGCAGUAUAUGACACAGAGAACCCAGUAACCCUGCUGCCAGAACCUAAAAAUAAGAGAUUGGAGUUGUAUGAGAAAUGUAGCAGGAUUUAAACAAAAAAAAAAAAAAUUUUUUUUGUGCACGUUAAUGUGGUGUAAGCAGAAAGAAACUGAACACUGCUGUUGCCAUUUUAUUUUCAUUUUAUUCACGUUUCACAAUCUGUUUUAAUGAUUCAGGUCCGCUGCUGUUUAAUGUGCUCGAUCUGAAACAAAUGGAAAAAACGAACACGUG